CUCAACCCUCCAAAAAACCAUAUCCAUAUCCAAAUCAAAAUCAAAUUUAAACAACACAACCAUGACUUCAUACCUAGUAACAGGCGCUUCCAGAGGCAUUGGUCUCGAGUUCAUUCGUCAGCUCAGCGAAGACUCCAAGAACACUGUCAUUGCCCUUGUCCGAAAUGCUGCCAAGUCCGUCUAUCUGCAAGAAAUCACUCAUCUUCCUAACGUCCAUGUGGUGGAAGGCGAUGUCACUUCAAUCGAGACUAUGAAAAAGGCAGCCGAAAGUGUUACCGCUAUCACUGGUGGCACAUUGGACUAUAUCAUUGAAAACGCUGGUGGAGACAUAGGAACAGACACUUCUCUUGCUAAUCCAAACAGGGAUCCUUCGACCCUCGUCGAAGAGCUUAAAGGAAACUUUGAGCUGAAUGCCGUGUCAGCAGUCAUCACCACCAACGCAUUUUUGCCCUUGCUGCGUAAAGGCAAGGCAAAGAAAAUCAUCCUUAUCUCUUCAGCAAUAGGAGACCUUGAGUUCACCCGAAUCACCGGAUUUGUAGGCAUCCCAGCCUAUGGUGUUAGCAAAGCUGCAUUGAACUACAUCGCUCAAAAGUAUGCUGCUGAAUUGGCUGCCGAGGACUUUGUUGUUUUGGCGUUGUCACCAGGACUUGUGGAUACUAGUAGCACUAAGGAAGGGGAACAAACUCAGCCUUCAGAGGAGGAUAUAAAGAAAAUGCAAGCUAUUUUUGAACAGUGGGCCAAGUCUCAACCUGAUUGGGAUCGGAAGCCAUUGACAGUUCAAGACUCUGUUACCAAACAGCUUAAGGUGAUUUCCUCUGUAGGCCCAAAGGAUAGCGGAAAACUGUUGUCGCAGAACGGCAAUACUGCUUGGUUGUAAAGUGCUAGCCGUGCUUUAGUGAAAGUUAGCUGUCACCAUAGAGUAUAAUUUUUUGUUCAUUAACAUUAACGAAUAAAACUAUAUCUUACUGUAGCAAUGUCGUA